AUGUCUGUUACUCUACACACCACCCAUGGCGACCUCAAGGUUGAGAUAUUCUGUGAAGCAGUCCCAAAGACGGCAGAGAACUUCCUUGCCCUCUGCGCCUCUGGAGCCUAUAAUGACACGCCCUUCCACCGCCUCAUGCCGUCGUUCAUGAUCCAAGGAGGUGACAUCUCUCUCUCGGCAGCCAACAAGAACCCGUCGUCGUCGUCGCCUCUACCGUUCGAUAUCCCAAAGGGAGGGACGUCGAUAUACCACCCAGCCCUAUUGGAGCAGGAGAUUCACCUCCCCACCCUCCGCCACAAUGCGAGAGGGAUCCUCAGCAUGGCGGGAAAACCAGUCAAGAACCAGGGUGGGGUUGGAGGUGCAGGUCAACAGGAUAUAAAUGGAAGCCAGUUCUUCGUCACAUUUGCUGCCGCGCCUCAUUUGGACGGGAAGAGUACCGUGUUCGGCAAAGUGCUUGAUCCGGGAACUACGGGAGAGAAAGGCGAGCAGGUCGAUACGUUGACUCGUCUAGAGAAGGCACAUGUGAAAAUUGAUAAGAAGGGAAGAGUCGUACAGCCGGAUGCGAAGAAGGAGAAAGACAACGAAGAGGGUGAAUCCUGGGAGAAAAUUGGUAUAGAAAGAGUCACCAUCCAUGCAAAUCCGUUUGCUGGCUGA